AUGGGUGGUACCUACGAGGCUCGCCCAGAGCAUGAUGGCUAUUCGGCAAGCUUUACCCUGUCAGAGCUCCAGCAUCACGUCAAGGACGAUGACCUCCUGCUGGCAGUGUGGGGGCGCGUCUUCGAUGUCUCCAGUGGGAAGGAGUUCUACGGUGAAGGUCAGGGAUAUCGACUCUUUGCAGGACACGACUGCACUCGAGCCUUCGCGUUGACGAGACGCCAGGUGGACAUGUUGGACCAGGGUCUGGAUGACCUCAGUGACAAGCAGCUGCGGCAUUUGAACCGGACAUACUGGGAGACCUACGUGGCCAAGUAUCCGGUGGUGGGCCGUCUUUUGGACCCACCUUACGAUCCCAAGGACUACGAUAACUUUGCUGGACCCUACAGUGCCAUCCGCCGUACGAGGCCGAGCCUUGGUGAAGAGAGGCCGCGGGAAUCCAGGUGUCCGGUCACAAGGGCUGCCAAGGCCGUGGGGAGCGCCAUUGCCAAUCUUCUUCCGAGGCAGCUCUUGCCAAGGUGA